GGUGCUGAUACACACAGGGAACGCCGUCAUGCAGAGUUGUGCUUCCUGGAUCGGGUCCGUUCUUGGCACCUGGAUGAGAGGAAGCAGUACAGACUCACCUGCUACAUCUCCUGGAGCCCCUGCCCUGACUGUGCCCAGGAACUGGUGGAAUUCCUGGGCGAGAACAGCCACGUGAGGCUGCGCAUCUUCGCUGCUCACAUCUACACCAUUGUCAGUGGAUAUGAGGAUGGGCUGCGCAAGCUGCAGGGCGCUGGGGCCCCACUCGCCAUCAUGACCCUCAAAGAGCACCAGCACUGCUGGGACACCUUCGUGGACAAACAGGGCCAGCCGUUCGAGCCCUGGACUGACCUGGUAGAACACAUUGAAACCAAAUCUCAGGAGCUGGAGAACAUUCUCAGGGUCCCUGCACUGGGCCCGGCCAUGCCCUGCUUGGCGGCCUCAGGAGAGUCAGGGAUGGGCACCCGGGGCCUGUCCUGUGGGGGCUCUGUGUCCUGUGCCCGGACCCUCCUCAGAACCCUGAUGGAUGCAACCACCUUCAGAGUCAACUUCAGUUACUACAGAGAGAGAAAAACAUACCUGUGCUACGAGGUGGAGGUCCGGGAGGGUGACGCAUGGGUCCCAGUAAAAAAGCUCCAGGACUUCCUGCGCAACCAGGGAGCUGACACACACUGGGAACCUCGUCAUGCAGAGUUGUGCUUCCUGGAUGGGGUCCGUUCUUGGCACCUGGAUGAGGGGAAGCAGUACAGACUCACCUGCUACAUCUCCUGGAGCCCCUGCCCUGUCUGUGCCCAGGAACUGGUGGAAUUCCUGGGUGAGAACAGACACCUGAGGCUGCGCAUCUUCGCUGCUCGAAUCUACAGCAUUGUCAGUGGAUAUGAGGAUGGGCUGCGCCAGCUGUGGGACGCUGGGGCCCCACUCGCCAUCAUGACCCUCAAAG